UUCUAAUCCCAGCCACCACUGCAAAUUGGCGCUGACAUCGCUCCACGUACAGUCCACGUUGACGUCGGCAAGCAGAAAGUUUGUAUUGCUCCCGGAAAAUCCUCUGUGAAAAUGGUUACACAAAAGGCAGCCAAAAGUUCAGGAUUCACGAAGGAAGAGGAACUGCUCCUGCAGGAUUUCAGCCGCAAUGUGAGCACCAAAUCCUCAGCUUUGUUCUAUGGCAAUGCUCUUAUUAUCUCCGCCAUUCCCAUUUGGCUCUUCUGGCGGAUUCACAUGAUUGAUUUGAUGUCUUCGGUCAUCUUCUUUGCCGCUGUGACCGGACUGACCACUUACCUGAUCGCAAUGGCGUACAGGAACACGAAAUUUGCAUUGAAGCAUAAGUUUGCUGUGAAGAGGGAAGAUGCUGUGACCAGGGAGAUGACUAAAUUGCUGGCUGAUGACAAGAAGCUGAGCCGGAAGGACAAGGAUGAGAGAAUCCUGUGGAAGAAGAACGAUGUGGCUGAUUAUGAAGCUACAACUUUUUCCAUCUUCUACAACAAUGCCCUCUUCCUGGCCAUUGUCGUCUUCGUCAGCUUCUACGUCCUGCGCACAACUUCACCUACAUUCAAUUACAUCGUCUCUGUGACGGGAGCUGGUGGACUCCUGGCUCUCCUGUCCACCGGGAAGUCAUCAUAAGCGACUUAAAAAAAACUCAUCUCAAUUUUGUUUUUGUAUUUAAUUAUCGAGAUCAAGAAAAAAAGACUUCCAUGAUUAUUCGAUAA